AUUGCUACAAGUUCAACCAGAGUAAAUAGGGAAACGCUAAAGAAGGGCACGCAACGCACAAACGCUGCAGUGAAGAAGGGCAAAGUUGUUAAACAAGAAAGUGGAGGAAAAAACAAGUGCGCGUCGUCCGAACAGUGCAUUUGUACCGUUGUACCAUCGUCUUCUUGCUUUGGACGGUUUGGCUGACUUCGAGACUGUACAACAUCGUUCAAACAUCGUCUUCUCUCUUGUCGCGUCGCGGGCCACAGAUGCCAAGAAUGGAGCUGGAUAACAUAUUUCUGAACAAGCUUCCGAUCGUAGCCGCUACGGGCAGUGAAGGUGGAACGUGGAACCAUUACGCAUUCAUCGAAAGCACCUGGGGCGAGCGGAAGAUACUGCUGAAGAUUAUUGUGUUCAGUCCGCUGUACAAUACGCCCCUAAGCUUCCUGUCCGAGAUAGACCACGAAGUGCUGCAGCAGACGGCCAUACGAUUAGAGCGUCCAUGGAACGAUUUUCUGCACGAAACGAAGCUGGCCCUUUGUACCGAGGGUGGCGCGAACGGUUUUAGCUACGCGGUCGAGGAAAACAAUUUUGUGUGGCGUAAGAUUGUCGGGCCCGCGUUAACCGUGGCGUACGGUUCGGUUAUACUGCUCCGGUCCCAGUGUCUUCUCUCGGAUGUGCUGUCGAACUCGAUUGGAACCCAAAACCGGCUGCGCAAUGACGUGCAGCUGAAAAACAAGGUGCUGCAUGAACUGAAGGAAGAGCACGAGGAGCUGCUUGAGUUACAGCGGCAGCAGGAAGAGGACAGUCGGCUGUACGAGAUAGAGUUGAUAACUAAGUGCAUCAGUAUACUGAACGAGAAAAAGGAAGUAAUUAACCAUCUGAAGAAAAAGCUCGCCGAAGACGAUGAGGAACCGGAAGGCGAGCGGGAAGAGGAAGAAGAGGAACAGCGGAAUGAACCGGCCAUGGAUCAGUUCGAACGGCGGCUGGCAAGGGAGGAAGAACACCCCAGACCAUCGCCCUCGUUGCUAGGGACGAGCGAUUCCGAGCCAUUCCUGGUGGAUAGUGAUCCACAGGAUCCGGACGAUCAUGGAACGCUGCCAAAGCGGACAAAGUAUCAGCUAACGCAGCGCAGUGCGACAACCACAUCCGCGAGCAGCAUGAUGUCUACGGUCAACCGGAAAUCGCACGAGGAAGAUGAUGCUGCUACCAGAGAGGACCAAGAUGGGCAACUGGAAGAUUUGUACAAUAAGGAUACGGAGGAACUUUUACAACAGAUGUAAACGUUGUAUUUGGAAAAGGGAAUUAAGGCAUUUUUCUUGAAAUGAAACUAGAACGAAUUUUAGAAUCAGAUAGUCCCCCGCCGGGUGAUUCGUCAAGGUAGUGCGUCAAAGCGAGAAAACAUUUGCAUGUAGUUUGUGAAUUGUUUCUUUUUAGUUGCAGUCGAAAUUUUUAGCAUCAUAAUCUGAUGUGUGCCUGUUUUCUCCCCCUAUUUAACACGGAAGGGCGAAAGGUCAGCAAGAAGCAUAUUAACCAGAUUUUAUAUGUCGUAACAGUGUGUCAUAGUGCAAUGUUUAGGAUAAAAUCGUGUGCCAAUAGUAGGCGGAAAAGUAAUAAUUUCCAUCGUGAAAAAUGAUGCGAAAUACAGCGUAGGUGCAUACUUUAUUCCGAGAUAUCAUGUUUAUGAAACUAAAAACCUCCCCGACCCCAUCCCAUCUCAUUUUUCCAGUCUCCAACAUCCGGUCUAUCUCUCCAUUCCCUUGCCCGGUGUUCCGACUGAUCCGAAGCCGGAUCAAUAGUAGUAGCUAAGAUACGUUUUACUAUCUUUUCCUUUUCGGGAAACAAAUUCACUUCAACUUAGACUGUAACUAUUUAUUAUUUUAUAUUGCCAUUUGUGUUAAGCGUCAACAAUCACCCACUUUUUUGAUAAUAAAAAAACGAUAA